AUGCAAGGCACGACGGAAAAUCAGCUACCGGUAGCAGAUGAUCCCUGGACCAGCACCCUGUCCUUCAGACCACGCAAUGCAAAUCCUGACGCUAUUAAUCUAAAUCGCGUCCGCUAUGCUCGUGCCAAGAGCGAGCAUGUUGUCGAUGCAGACGGUGAGACAAUGUCGAUCCAGUUGUCUUGCCCAGCAACCCCCGAUAUGGGUCACGCCUACCGUCUGGUCAAACCUGCUGGCGAGAAAGACCGUGGUGACUUCCUAUCGGUUGAGGUUUCCUGCCCGGCAAAUUCGGACGUUGGUAUGGAUGACGUCUAUCCCCCCGACAGGAAUGAUGAUGCGGAGCGCCACACUGCCAUUCUUUCCGCCCAGGUAUCUUGUCCGGCCUCUCCGCUUAUCAAGAAGCGUAGGGCGGAGACCGAUCUCGCUGAAGAGGACAGUGACAUGGAUGAUGAUGACGAUGAGGACGACGAGGACGAGGACGAGGACGAUGAUGGUGAUAGUGAUGGAAUGCUCGAUGACGAGACCUACGCAGGAAUUGAAAAUGCAUUCAAGAAAACCUCCAGCGAUGAGGUGUAUAUCAGUAAGGAUCCCCGUUGGAUUAAUCUUUCAUUCAUAACCUUGCUUCCACCCUCCGUCUACCCACCAGACGAACGUCUUUUCAACGCUUGGUAUAAUCAACCUCGGCCCGAAUUCGAACUGCCCGAACUUCAUAAAAUCCCAGUCGGGUGGGUGAAACACAGGUGGAGCUUGGGAGGCCAUGGGGUAUUUCUCCGCCCCGAUAAUGAGACCUUAUAUCAAUUUAUCGACAGGAAGGGUGUGAUUGUCAUGAUGGAAGAUAUAGUGUUCGACCCGUACUACGGCCGCGGGAAUGAUGACAUGAAGCUGACUGGUGAGCUCGCUCGUUUAACGCUAACAUGGCAUCUGAUUCAGGGCUAUUUGAAUAAGCUUGACUUCAAUUGGCAUUUUUUCAAGGUGGAAAUGCAGAUGUGGAGAGUAAAAGGGCGCCGAUAUGAGGUUCUUGGAUUGACUGACAAAGGUUAUCGUGACAAUGAUGUGUCCCGUGCUGCAGAGAAAGUGGCCUGGGAAGAGUCAUACGGAGCUCAUCGCCGUCGAAAAUCCCCUUUCUUUAUUGGAUAUACUACGGAUCCGAACACAGGAUUGGUUUUCGAAGUUCAUAUGCCCAAUGAUCGCGGCCGUCCCGAGGUCCCCGAUAGUGUUUGGAGGAUUCCUGACACUCUCAACAGAGUUAAUAGGGCGAUUGCGGAGAAUGGAGGGACUCCUGACUCUCCGGUUUGUGAGAUGGAGAGUGAUGAUCCGGAGUAUGAUAGGAGGUUCUUCAGGGGAAUCAACUAUGGGUUUGCAGCGGAGAAAGGUUGGGGUUGGGGUGCCUGGUAUUAG